UGUCAGCGGUCUGAAGUCGCCAUUUUGAAUUUGAGCGGGAGAGUUUUGGAGAUGAUUUGAAAAAGUUUGCAAGUUCUGCCUCCUAACGAAAACGGGAUAGGAAAAAUGUAGGCUAAGAAAAAUAAUCAUCAAAAACCUUUUUUGAUGAUACAAAAUCAAAUUGUGAAACAUGGAUAACUAGUAGCGACGCUAUAGACAAAUCUGGUGAAGUUGUUUACAUUUUCAAAAUGUAAAAACAGAACGUAAAAGUUCAUGUCCAUUGAGAACAGAUUGUGCCUCAUGGCUCUGGAUGCUUUGCAUUUUAAGAAUCUGUGAAGAAACUAAUGGCAAAAAAUGUCCGGUGAUCAGAGCUCAGUUAUAAGUACUACAAGGCCAAAGGAAAUAUGCUGGAUUGAUUCUCAAAUCACAAGUAUCAAAUCACUAAAACUACAUAGUAAUCUGGUGACUUUAAACCUUCAUAGCAACCACAUAUCCAAGAUAGAAGGGCUUCAGCACCUUCAGAAUCUACGGCACUUGGAUCUGUCAUCAAACCAGAUUUCACACAUCGAGGGUUUGACUUCACUUGGGUACCUAAGAGUCUUGAAUCUUUCAUGUAACAGGAUUUAUCUUGUGGAAGGUUUGGAAAAUUUAAGAAAACUGACAAAGCUUGACUUAUCUUACAAUUUUAUUGAAAAUGUUUCUGGUCUAAAGGAUUUGCAUGGUAAUGGCUAUAGUUUAACAACAUUAUAUCUACAUGGCAACAGAAUAGCCUCACUUGAACAUUUCAUCAGCUCUGUUAUUGGCUGCAUAUCAUUGAAAGAGUUGACUCUGCAGAUGUAUGGUGAGGGCAAUCAUGUUUGCAAUGUGUCAGGGUAUCGCGAUGGUGUACUCUCAGCCAUGCCUGGACUGGCAGUAUUGGAUGGAUAUGACAGGACAGGACGGGCUGCAGCUUUAAAUGAUGAUUUGGAUAUUCCAGAACUGGAAGAGUAUAUUCAGUACCUACAGUCCUCAAGCUCUUGUGAAAUUAAAACAUCUGACUCUAGUAGCUCCAAGGAGACAAGAUUUGAUGUGGUGACUCCACGUAUUGACCAAGUGCUAAACCGUUUCAAGCAGAGGGGGCCCUUACCUUCAGACUCUGAGCAGAGUAGUGUGAACAUCUCCCCUCCAAGCCAAGAGCAGGCUAGGGACAGGCAGAUACAAGGGAUACAACCUCCAGUCGACCAUGAAGUCAGACUAGGGAUUCUAGAAAACCUCCUAGCAAACUUUGUCACUUCACAGCCACCUUCCAGAGUCCAAAGAAAAACAGAAGGCAAUAAACAAUCUGAUGAUUCAGAAAGUGAACAAGAAUUCCCCUCCAAAGAAGCCAAAACAAAGCCGGUCAGAACAGUGAGAAGCAAGGUCACUCUUAGCAAGUCUAAAUCCAAGACACAUCAACCUGGCAGCAAAAGAGCUAAAGUUCCCAAGACCACCCCUCAGAGUAGCUCAAGCUCCACCUCACCUACCACCCCUAGGGAGGGAGUUGGCCAAGACAGGGAAGUGCUGAAGGUUCGUGGGAAGCAAGCUAUUCCAACAAGAACUGUGCGGCCUCCAGAAGAUGAUGCCACCCUGAUGUCUCUAAUUCAGGAGCUUGAAGCAGAGCGUGAAAGACGUUGGAAAGCAGAACAGGCAGGGCGCAAGCUGGUAGAUCACAUAAAAACACUACAGACCAAAGGACUUCAGGAAAAGAACCUGCAAGAGGCGGCACUAGCAGCAAGUGCACGUCUGAAAGAGGCAUUGGUCAAAGAAAGAGAGAUAAAGGCUGAACUCAAGGGCACUGUAUCAGACCUGCAGAACAAGAACACUACGCUAACAGAUGAAGUUGAGAGGCUGAGGGAAUCUAAUGAAGCACAGCGCACGACACUGCGUGACAUGGAGGAUUCCGCUGGUCGAAUGGAGACAGAGAGGAUAAAACAGCAUGCCCAUGAGGUGGCUCGGGCACAGGAGUACCAAAUGGCAGCAGCUGCUGCGAAUCGUGAGGUUGAGCUACUGAAACAUGCUGUCAAACAGCACAAAGGUCAACUACAGCAACUACAAGAACUACUCGCCUCACGAGAACAGCAACAUAAGGUAGCGAUGGAGGGCAUGGUAAAGAAUGACAGCCGUGAGAUGCGCGAGGCCAUUGAGCGCGAGAUGGUGAGACAGGAAGCCCGCCAUGAGCAGGAGCUACAACAGUACAAACAAAGGCUGGACAAGCGGGAUGCUGAGUACUCUGCGCUUGAAGAUGAGUUCCGAAUGGCGCUACAAAUAGAGGCCAACCGAUUCAAAGAGUUACAAGAGGCAUUCGAGCGUGUUAGCGAGGAAGCAGCGCAGCAAAAGCACACAGUGCAAACAGCCAGUCAAAAAGAGACCAAGGCAGUCAACAUGGUCAACGAGUUAACCGCGAUGGUGAAAGAGCAGCGCGGAAGACUGACCGAGUUGUCUCGAGGAAAGCAGGAAGUCGUGGCUGAGUACAAGGAUCGCAUCCAGACCUUGGAAGGUCAGCUGAACGAUGCGCGGCGCCAGCUGAACAGACUCGAGACACUAGAGCAGGAUAAGUCCAAGCUCGCUGCGCAAAUCCGUGCUCAGGAGUCUGUUAUCGAGGGGUUGCGCACAGAGAGGAAGCUAUGGAGUCAGGAGCUCGCCCAGCAAGGUGCCUCUCUUGCGUCCGACCGAGGGCGACUGGAGUCUCGUAUCGAGGUCCUCACGGCCGAGCUGAAUCAGAUGAAGAAACAAUCACAGAGUGAUAACGAGACGAUUCGCAUAAAGGCCAAGUUGAUUGAGGAUCAGACGGACUCCACUCGCAAGCUGAGACAGGCUUUGUCUGAGCGUGAGAAUGAGAUCAAGAGAAUUCGUGACGAGAAUGCGAAGCAAGUGGCAGACCUCGAGCAAAAGCUGGCGUCAGAGUUGACAACAAGCACGGAGCUGCAGGACGAAGUGGAUGCUCUAAGACAACGUAAAGAUGAACUCAAAACACAGCUCCGAGACAGCCAGGAGGAGCUAGAGAAAACCAAAGAUGGGCUGAGGUCGCUUCGCAGCAAAUGGCAAGAAAAAAGCGGACUCAUCACACAGAUGGAGUCUGAGGUCGUCCAGAUGCGAGACAACUUUAAAGAGAAGGAAAAGACGCUUACCGAAGAGAGAGACAAGGCCAUUACCGCGGCAAGCGCUUCGAUGGAGAAACUCAAAUCAUGUGAUGACGCGUUCCGCCGUCAAUUGGAAUCUGUGAAGCACAGCCACGAAAAAGAGGUGGACAGGAUUCACAAGGAGAAGCAAUCCGAACUAGACCAGGCCAACCAGAGGGUCCUAGAAGUCGAGGAUGAAAUGCGACAACUCCUCCAGGAAAACGCACUGACAAAGAAAACCUUGGAAAAGAGGAUCAACAAGCUCACUUCCGCAUUCACAGAGAUUCAGCAAGACUUGGCGACAUAACAUAUACAGAUAGGUCAAAACAUCACAGAGAUUCAGCAAGACUUGGCGACAUAACAUAUACAGAUAGGUCAAAACAUCACAGAGAUUCAGCAAGACUUGGCGACAUAACAUAUACAGAUAGGUCAAAACAUCACAGAGAUUCAGCAAGACUUGGCGACAUAACAUACACAGAUAGGUCAAAACAUCACAGAGAUUCAGCAAGACUUGGCGACAUAACAUACAGAUAGGUCAAAACAUCACAGAGAUUCAGCAAGACUUGGCGACAUAACAUACACAGAUAGGUCAAAACAUCACAGAGAUUCAGCAAGACUUGGCGACGUAACAUGUACAGAUAGGUCAAAACAUAACAGAGAUUCAGCAAGACUUGGCGACAUAACAUACAGAUAGGUCAAAACAUCACAGAGAUUCAGCAAGACUUGGCGACAUAACAUACACAGAUAGGUCAAAACAUCACAGAGAUUCAGCAAGACUUGGCGACGUAACAUAUACAGAUAGGUCAAAACAUCACAGAGAUUUAGCAAGACUUGGCGACAUAACAUACAGAUAGGUCAAAACAUCACAGAGAUUCAGCAAGACUUAGCGACAUAACAUACACAGAUAGGUCAAAACAUCACAGAGAUUCAGCAAGACUUGGCGACAUAACAUAUACAGAUAGGUCAAAACAUCACAGAGAUUCAGCAAGACUUGGCGACAUAACAUAUACAGAUAGGUCAAAACAUCACAGAGAUUCAGCAAGACUUGGCGACGUAACAUAUACAGAUAGGUCAAAACAUCACAGAGAUUCAGCAAGACUUGGUGACAUAAAAUACACAGAUAGGUCAAAACAUCACAGAGAUUCAGCAAGACUUGGCGACAUAACAUAUACAGAUAGGUCAAAACAUCACAGAGAUUCAGCAAGACUUGGCGACAUAACAUAUACAGAUAGGUCAAAACAUCACAGAGAUUCAGCAAGACUUGGCGACAUAACAUAUACAGAUAGGUCAAAACAGUCUGCAAACAGGUCAAGAACACGUGACGAACAGAACAAAUUACACGAAUACCGCAUAACAAGUCGAUACAGGUUACGAAUUUCAAACAAUAGGGCAAAAUCUAAUCUCGUCCCAUCUUGUACAGUGGAAUUUCACAUAUGCUUUUGUAAAAAAAGAGUACUUCCUUAAAGAAAAACACAGUAUUUAUCGUCAA